GUACUUUACAUCGACCCAAUAGGAGCAACUCCGCGUGAACUCGUUCUGCGAUCCAUCGUCGUUUUUCUUUCCUUCUCCAUCGUUAGACUCUCACUUUGACAAAACCCGAUUUUCUGUUUUCUCCAUUUUCUUUUGUCAUUUCGGGGCCUUUCGAUCUUCAGAAGACUAUAAGAGGAACAACAUGUUGGAGAAGAUUGGGUUGCCACCGAAGCCUUCGCUCCGAGGGAAUACUUGGGUGGUUGACGCUUCACACUGCCAGGGAUGUUCCUCUCAGUUCACCUUCAUCAAUCGCAAGCAUCACUGUAGGAGGUGUGGAGGGAUCUUUUGCGGCAGUUGUACUCAGCAAAGAAUGGUUUUACGUGGACAAGGUGAUUCACCUGUGCGUAUCUGUGAACCUUGUAAGAAGCUAGAAGAGGCAGCACGGUUUGAAUUGCGACAUGGACGUAGACCUGGGAGAGGGAGCUUGAAAUCAGCACCUAAUGAUGAAGAUGAAGUUUUGAACCAAAUUCUUGGUCAAACCAGCGACAAAGUUGCUAGCAGACAAAAAUCAGUUGGUAUUGCAUCUUCUUCAAGCACAUCCAAUGAUGAUGGAGAGAUACAAAACAUUGUCUCGAAUGGUAAACCUAAUCUUUUGGGUAUUGAUUUGGGAUCCACCACUCCUGAAGAGUUACGUAAGCAAGCUUUGGAAGAAAAAAAGCAGCAUAGAAUUCUUAAAGGAGAGGGGAAAUCUGGGGAGGCGAUGAAAGCUUUUAAGAGAGGGAAGGAGCUUGAGAGGCAGGCUGAUGCUUUGGAAAUUCAUUUAAGGAAGGUGCGGAAGAAGAGUUUACCUUCGGGAAACUUGUCUGAUUUACAUAACAAAGGAAAUCCUGUAGAGUCUGACAGAAAAACAAAGUCACUCUCUCAUGUGGGCAGAGAAAAGGAUGAUCUUACUUCUGAACUUAGAGAACUGGGAUGGUCAGAUAUGGAUAUACGUAAUGAAGAGAAAAAGCCAGCAAACUUAAGUUUGGAGGGUGAACUCUCGUCACUAAUUGGAGAAAUCUUUACAAAAUCUGGUGAACAAAAGGUUAGCAGGAUUGACAAGUCCCAAGUUGUUGCUCUGAAAAAAAAUGCUCUACUGCUGAAGCGCGAGGGUAAGCUUGCAGAAGCCAAGGAGGAACUAAAAAGAGCUAAAAUUUUAGAAAAGGAACUUGAAGAACAGGAACUCCUUGCUGGGGCUGAAGAUUCUGAUGAUGAGCUAUCAGCAUUAAUUCGGGGCAUGGAUGAUGAUAAAGAAUUACCAAAUCUGCAUGAUCAUGGACAUGGUUUUGAUUUUGAACGCCUUUUGGCCACUUCUGAUGACCUUGACGGUAACUUUGAAGUGACUGAUGAGGAUAUGAUGGACCCUGAAAUAGCUGGCGCUUUGGAAUCAUUAGGCUGGACUGAACCUGAAAAUACAUCUUCCAAGUCUCAAACCUUUAACAAAGAAGCAUUGCUUGAUGAAAUUCAGUCUCUUAAAAGAGAGGCUCUUAAUCAAAAGCGAGCAGGUAAUGCUGAAGAAGCAAUGACAUUCCUGAAAAAGGCAAAGUUAUUAGAAAGGGACCUUAACAGCUCUAUACCCGAAGACUAUAAUAAUAUGUCUCAAAAAUCCACACCCUUAAGGAAAAGUGUGCAUUCGGAAAUUUCUGGUAAUGGAUCAGACUCCAUUAAACUGGAUGAGAGAAAUACAAGUGCCACUAAUAAUGUUUCUUCUACUGUGGCACCAAAAAGUAGAUUGAUGAUUCAAAGAGAACUUUUGAGUGUGAAAAAGAAGGCUCUUACACUAAGAAGGGAAGGGAAAAUGAAUGAAGCAGAAGAAGAAAUGCAGAAGGGUGCUGCACUUGAACGGCAGCUGAUGGAGAUGGAUAAGGCAUCAAGCCUCAAAACAUUACAUACAAACACUGCUGAUAAUGUUCCGAUUACAGUACAUAAGCAUGAUGAUUUUAGUAUAAAUCUUCCACAUGAGGAAGGAGGUGAAGAUGAUGUGACAGAUCAAGAUAUGUCUGAUCCCACAUAUCUUUCACUCCUUAGGGACAUGGGUUGGAAUGACGACAAUAAGGAACUUUCUAACUCAAGCAAGCCUUCGAAGAAAGAUGAUAAUCAUUUUGUUCCUGUAAAUGAUACUUCUCCAAGUAAGCAUUCUACAAAUAUCUCAGUUCAAGCUCCAAGAAGUAAAGUUGAAAUUCAGAGGGAACUCUUGGGUUUGAAGAGAAAGGCCCUUGCUCUCAGGCGUGAAGGGAAAGUUGAGGAUGCAGAAGAAGUUCUUAAAACGGCCAAAUCAUUAGAAGCACAGAUGGUUGAGAUGGAAGCUGCAAAGAAUAAAGCACAGGUUGUGGCCACUGUGAUGAAAGACAAACUUCUCAAUGCUCCAGUUGAUGAAGAAAGUGAUGUGGUUGUUUCGGAAGAGGAUAUGCAUGACCCAACAUUGAAUUCAAUUCUUACUAAUCUAGGGUGGAAGGAUGAUGAAUCUGAACCUGUGACCCUAAAAGCAGAGCCAGUUAAGGAAGCUACUGAUAGGUCUGCACAUACUAUGGAUCUAUCUGCGCCUGAUUUGUCUUCAAGCAUUCCUGCUGCAGCUUCAAGAAAUAAGGGAGAGAUUCAAAGAGAACUUUUAGUAUUGAAAAGGAAGGCACUUGCAUUAAGGCGCAAGGGAGAGAUAGAAGAGGCUGAUGAAAUUUUAAGGCAGGCCAAAACUUUGGAAGCCCAACCAGAAGAUUUUGGGAACCAGAACAAGGACUUGUCACUUAAUGUUUCUAAGGAUAAACAGUCUCUUCCAUCUGAAUCGGUUGAUUUUCGGGAAAGGAAUGGAAAUUUGGGAGUUGCUACUGAUGUUGAUAAUGCUUCAGCCGCCUCGUCUGUGGUUUGGUCAAGUAAGAAUAGUUCUGAAUCAACAUUCGGUUUAGAAAGAAUCAACAAUGAGACAAAUAUUCCCAUCUUAAGGAAGUCUGAUAAUUUACUUCCUGCAACCUCUCACUUGGCAGAUGGUAAGCAUUCAUUGACUGCUGAGGAGAGUACUUCAAGUGAAAAUCUUUCGAAAAAGAUGAAAGCGGAAAACAACGACGGUCAUAGCUACUCAGCUGGCCACUCUAUGGAUGCGCUAGAAUUACAUUCUGGUGACGGUAGUAACAGUUCUGAAAUAUUGACUCAAAAACAUAAAGAACUUGCUUCGGCUAAUUCAUCUCGAGCUGGGUCUGCUAUUCACUUGGACUCUUCAAAGAAUUUCAGCCAGCAUACUGAUGUAGUUGAAAAGCCAAACAUAAACAAGUCAAAUUCUGUACAGGAUUAUGCUUCUCAGCACCACCUUACCUUGCGUCAGGAAAUUUUGGCUCAUAAAAGGAAGGCAGUUUCUUUGAAAAGGGAGGGGAAACUAUCAGAAGCUAAGGAGGAACUCUCGCAAGCCAAGCUGUUAGAGAAGCGAUUGGAAGAUGGAAGUAUGCAGGCAGACACUGGCUUUGUGAGCAAUGUUUCCCAGGCGUCAAAUGUUGUAGAGAAGAAACAGGAAUCAUCAAAUGUUAGUUCAAAACCAUUGAGUAGUCGUGAACGAUUCAAAUUGCAGCAGGAAUCUCUGGGGCAUAAACGACAGGCCCUAAAGCUACGGAGGGAAGGCCGGACAGAGGAAGCAGAAGCUUUGUUUGAACGGGCAAAGGCAAUUGAAACCCAGUUGGAGGAGUUGACAGCUCAAGAUUCUAAUAAGUUAGAUGGUGUAGAUGAUGUCACUGUUGAGGAUUUUCUUGAUCCUCAACUCUUAUCUGCUCUGAAAGCUGUUGGACUUAAUGAUGUAGGCGUUGUUGUAUCAAAAGCCCCAGAAAGACAAGAGACCGUGAAACCCAAUGCUAAAGUUGAAAACUCUAACCAAGAGAGAAUUCAGCUAGAAGAAAGAAUCAAAGAAGAAAAAGUUAAGGCACUUAAUUUGAAACGUUCUGGGAAACAAGCCGAAGCCUUAGAUGCUCUUCGACGUGCCAAAUUGUAUGAAAAGAAGCUAAAUUCAUUAACCUCUGGUUGAUGAAGUAAAUACUGUAACUUCAUGGUGGGAAGUCUUCCCUUGUUCAAAUUGGUAGUUGCUCUGAGGUUAGUUGAAUUUGUGAACUUUCAUUAAAGGGGGACUUGAAGGUGCCCAGGAGGUUGCUCCUUCCCUUAUUACACAUGCAUGUUUUGCUUUAUUAUGCUCAUAAAUACUGGAGAAUGUAUACAUGAUCAUUUGCUAGUUACAAUUUUCAGUUGUGCUUCUAAACAUGAAUCAAUGUUGUAUAAUAUGUUUACAUUUAAAUUUAUAUAAAUGGCCAUUCCCACGA